AUGCAAAUUGUAAACGAUAGUUAUUUCAAAGAUGAACGAUGUCGUAUGACGUUACUUUCAAGUUCAUCAUCAAUAGCAACCAAUUUCUAUAUACCAAUAACAACCGUAAAUAUGCAGCCGAAUCGCGCUAUUCAUAAUUCACAUAUUCAUUAUCAAAAUAAAAAUGAUAAUGAUAGUGAUGAUAGCACUAAUAACAGUUGGAAUAAUAAUAAUAGCAGUAAUAAUAAUAAUGGCGAUGAUGAUGAUAAUGUUGAUGAUCGUGAUAGUGAUGAUGGCAGUGAUGAUAAUAAUGAUAAUAGCAAGGAUAAUGGAAAUGGAAAAUUGAAACAAAAUGAUAAUAGAUCAUUUUUUGAUUCAAAUUAUCAUUAUUUACAAAUUGAUCGAAAUUCGAUUAAUAUUUUAUUAAAAGUUGCUGCUGCUUUUGUAUUAUUAUCUAUUGCGGGUUGUUUGGUGCUUCAACAUUUAAGAAUCAAUCGAUUGGAUUAUCGAAUUCGAAGAAUUGAACUCAAUUCUGCAUAUUCCAUACAGUUAAUUAGGCAUCGAAGGUCAAAAAUUAGCGAUCCUAGCCGAAACAUUCGGGAAGCUUUUAAUAAUAAUCACAAAUGUCGUUGUCCACCAGGUCAAAAAGGUGAACCAGGAAUACCAGGAUCAAUACAUUCGAAGCAAACAUUACGUCGUCAAUUACGAUCAUUUGGUUUUUUAUAUACACCUAGUGGACAUGCGAUACAACUUCGCGGUAUAUCGGGACCACCUGGGCCACCUGGACCAAAAGGUACACGUGGAUAUCCUGGUUUUCCGGGACCAAUUGGCUUAGAUGGACCAAAAGGUGUUGCAGGCAUGCCAGGACCAAAAGGCGAACGAGGUGAACGUGGUCCAAUGGGACCACCAGGAUAUCCUGGUGCUAAAGGAGAACGUGGUUAUUCGGCUGCUCUCAGCAAAAUACAGGUUGCGAAUGCUGAUUCUGUAACACCAGUGCUUAUUCAGGGUCCACCUGGUCCACCGGGAAAUCCUGGUCCACCUGGUGAUGUUGGCAAGCCUGGUCCAUCAGGACCAAAAGGUGAUAGAGGAUUACCCGGUUUUGAUGGUGAAUCACGAGUUGGCAUGAAAGGUGAACCUGGUAUGCCUGGUAUUCAAGGCAAAACUGGUCCAGUAGGACCACCUGGGCCACCUGGAUUAAAGGGAGAGCCUGGAUCACCGGGACAACGUGGAUUACCAGGUCUUACGUCAAAAUAUGUAGAGAAAAAUCCGGAACCAAUAAUUGGUCCACCGGGUAAACCUGGGGCACCUGGAAUACGUGGGCUACCAGGUAUACCUGGUUCUCCAGGUGUUCCAGGAGCUAAAGGUGAUUCAGGACUUCCGGGCAAAGAUGGUAUUGAAGGAAAAAUAGGAAGAAUGGGCAAUCCAGGUCAACAAGGAAUACCGGGAGAAAAAGGUGAAAGAGGUGAAAAGGGAGAAAGUGGUAUACAAGGAUUACCUGGUCCGCCUGGUGUUGUUACAGCAACAUCAGCAAGGACAACACAGGUUAUUGCUGGACCACCGGGACCACCAGGACGAGAUGGACGAAAGGGGGAAAAAGGCGAAAAGGGUGAUAUGGGUAGCAGAGGCCCAAUAGGUCCACCCGGACAAUCGGGUGCAAAAGGUGAAAUUGGUAAACGUGGCAAAAAAGGUAGAGAUGGUUUAAAUGUGAGUGAGGAAAAACUAAUUGAAAAAUUAUUACCAAUGUUGCAACAAUAUGCACGAAUAGAUGGUUUACCAGGGCCACCAGGUCCAAUUGGACCACAAGGUCCAAAAGGUAAUGAAGGACUACAUGGUGAACGUGGACCUCAAGGUUUACCGGGUCAUGCUGGUUCAAAAGGUGAACGUGGUGAAAUUGGACCACCUGGUUUAAUUGGUCCACCAGGAUUACCAGGACAUUUAAGCACUGUAAUUGAAGCGACUGCUUCAUCAUCAUCACUUGGAAUUCCAGGACCACCCGGACCUCGGGGAAGUCCCGGCUUACCUGGGCCACCGGGUAUGAAAGGUGAAAAAGGUGAACGGGGAUUAGCAGGUGUUCCUGGAUCACUUGGUUUGCCCGGACCACCCGGACCGAUGGGAAUAAGAGGACCACCUGGAAUGGAAGGCAAACAGGGUAAACCUGGACCAGUGGGACCAACAGGUUUGAAAGGCGAUAUUGGAUUACCUGGUGCACGUGGUCCAGUUGGUGAUCGCGGACCACCUGGAUUACAAGGUGAAAAAGGUGAACAGGGUAUUCCUGGUUUGGAUGCACCAUGUCCAACAGGACCAGAUGGAUUACCAAUGCCAUAUUGUGCAUGGAAACCACUUGAUUCAAAUGAAAAUGGUAUAGAACGGGCUGCAUUCCGAAAAAAGCGAACAUCAAAUUCAAUUACAAAUCGCAUUUAUCAUUAUUACUACAACUAA